AUGCUCCAGAGUCUGGAAAAGCCCAUGGAAGCCCAGGACUUCCCCCUGCAACAGUCCUGGACGGAUCUCCCUCCCGGCCCUCCACAGAGGCGGAUGCGGGGCCGCCGCGUCCUGGUCCAGGUGGAGAAACUGAAGCUCGGAGAGGGGAAGACCUUCCGCCCCCCCACGCAAGCUCCGAGCCUCAGUUUCCCUUUCUUGACGAUGGGGGCCGUAGACGCGGCUGGCCCCCAGCGGCGCGGCCCCGAUCCACGGCAGCACUGGGGACCCCCAAGGAGAGGGCAGAGCCCGGUGAGACCCCAACCUUACCCGCCCUCCGCCCGCUGGCCCUCACCUCUCCAACCAGGCCCCAAAGCUCCCACUUCCGGGCGACGCCGUCACCCGCCUUACUGCGCCUGCGCGCGCCACCAGGCCCCGCCCCCCCCGGCCGAUCGCCAGGAAGGAGGAGGAGCCGCGCACUCCGGAGGGCGGAGCCAGCAGGGAAGCGAGGGGAGGAGCCAAGCGUGGGCUCUCUAG